CUAUGUCAAAUUCAAUGUCAAUAUGUUAUUAUCUUUUUAAACUAUGAUCGAUAUAAAGAUAUGAAGAAAAAUAAGUUCUUCGUGAAUUUUAAGUUAAGAAUCAUUCACUUCCACGAAUGAUGGUAGAUCAUCAUUCAGGGAACUCCACCUACCUGAAAUGAUGAGAAUUUCCAAAUUCACUGUAGGAAUUUUAGUAUCGAUGAUAUUAUUGUCGAUAUUUUUUACAAAUGUUGUCAAUUUGUUAAGUACGCACGCAGAAAAUACGGAUGACUUCGCUAAAGAUAAUUUUUUGAAGCUAACUGACACCCAUGAAAAUUUGAUGUGGUUCAUUCAAAUAACAGAUAUUCAUAUUAGCAUAUUCAGAGAUCCCUUGAGAAUUACAGAAUUCAAAGAAUUUUGUCAUUACACGAUCAAUACAAUUAGACCUUCUGUAGUAUUAGCAUCCGGAGACCUCACGGAUGCCAAAACCAAAGAUUCAAUUGGCUCGGAACAGUAUGAAGACGAAUGGAGGCAUUAUCGUGAUAUAUUGAAAGAGGCUCGCAUUCAAGAGAAGACAUUGUGGCUUGAUAUUCGAGGAAAUCAUGAUAAUUUCAAUGUCGCUGAUUUCAAGUCAAAGCAAAAUUUUUUCACCAACUAUUCCAUCCAAGGAAAGAAAAAUCCUCGAUCCUAUAGGUAUCAAAUGAGAAAAAGGAACAACCUGUACACCUUCAUUGGAAUUGAUGCCUGCUUAGAACCCGGUCCGAGAAGACCUUUCAACUUUGUCGGAAUACUGGACGAUCUCGAAGUUAAUGAACUUAAUUCUCUCAUCCAGCAGACCGAAAACAGCCCAAACAAUUACACAGUUUUCUUUGGCCACUUUCCCACGUCAUGCAUUAUAACGCCUGGCCACGAAAGUGUCAGAGAUAUGAUCGGAAAACACAAAGAAGGAAUGGUAUAUGUUUGCGGUCAUCUCCAUAGGCUUGGCGGACUGGUACCUAAAAUGUAUACCCUGCAAAAGGCUGGAUUUCUAGAACUCGAACUGGGCGAUUGGAAAGAUAACAGAGUUUAUCGUUUGUUGACAAUAGACCAUGGGCUUCUGUCUUUCACCGAUAUUCAGCACAGAGAAUGGCCUGUCGUGUUGAUAACGAAUCCGAAACAUGCCCUUUUCGUCAAUCCGGCAAGAGAAAAUUUGGACAUUAUGAAAAAUUCAACGCACGUGAGAAUCCUUGCUUUCUCCUUAUCGAGAAUUGACUUUGUAAAGAUUAAAAUCGACAAAGGGAGCUGGAUGCAUUGCAAGAGAGUCAAAGGACCUUUAUUUGUUGCUCCUUGGGAUCCGGAAAAUUAUUUGCAUGGCCUUCAUAAAAUAGAGGUGCACAUCAAAGAUGUUGAAGGUCGAACGAAAUCAAUAUCACAGCCAUUUUCCUUAGACGGCACAAGACUGUCUUUUGGACUACUGUCUAAAUUUAUUUUGAUGACGAGUGCUAGUGUCCUGUUCAAAUCAUUAUUUUUCGUGAUGCUGGCCGUAACGGUCUUCCCGCUCAUUAUUGUCAGGUACAUGCACGAACUGGUAGCAGCUGGCAAAAUCGUUAAACCAAGACUGAGAAGAUCCUGCUGGUUCAAUUGGCUGAAAAAGAUGUGGAUAAUGUCGACGGUAGACAGAAUAUUUUGGCCAAUUGUUCUCUAUCCCAUCUAUUUAGCCAUCGGUCCAUGGUCCAUAGGCUAUAUUAUCGAAGACCACGUUGGCGCUGUAUUCGCUUGGGGUAUAUUCGUGAACGGAGCAUAUUUGCCAGGAGCUUUCACAUAUGUUUACGGGUUUAUACAGUUGUUCACGUUUCAAGUGCCAGUGAGUUUGAUAAUGAUCACAGCAGUGGGUUUUAGGUUUCAUGAUUUGAAUGCAAAGCCUGGGAGAAGGCUAUCUUGGAAAAAGAAAGCCUGUCUUCAUCUGGCUUUCACGUUAUUAUUUGCAAUGCAAGUCAGUAUGGCAUAUAUGUUCUGGUUGGCGUACGGUACUAUGGCGUUCAUUUUGGGACCCCUGCGAACGUGGUCUCUGGUUCUGGCAGCAAUUCUGUAUUACCAAUCUUUCCAUCUUCCCGAAAGCUGUUUGAGGAAAGCCUCCGAUAUUUGGCACGUGUCUUCAGAUGUUAGUAUUAACGAGCCCAGCGCAUCUCCAUUAACGAAAGCUAACUGAUCCCACUCCUGAUAACUUACCGACUGAUGUAUAGGAUUUAUUUUUCCUACUCUUCCCACGUAAACAGUUUGCUAAAGAUGUAGUUCAAUUAUAUUUUAUUUAUUUGUAAUAUAAACCUACUGUGUGUUGUGA